UACUUAAGGAAUCCAGUCCAAUUUUUAGUACAGAAGCGUUCAGCAGGUGAUAUCCAUCCAUCAAUUCUAGCAAAGUUAACAUAACACAAUGAGGGCCCUAGCAAUCUUUGCUUUACUGACAUACUUACUCAGCAUUGAGGCAUGCCCCGCUGAGGUCGACACGCCAGUUUGCACGUUUACUACAAAUUCCGGUGACUUAUCUACAAAACAACCUCUUCUCCUCCGCGCGGGAACCAACGAGCUCUUACAACCAACCAAGGAUGACCAAUUCAUCGUAGAUGUUGGAUCUUCCAUUGACUUGGCCUGCACAGCAGCUUUUGAAUCCCCUCUUUCUGGUAAACAACUUACAGCCACCUGCGUCAAAGAUGAUAUCUUUUCCAUCAAUGGACAACAAUUACAAAUUAAGGACAUCCAAUGUACUGCAGCAAUUGCAAGAUCGACACGUGAGACCAACAGGACUUGCUAUGAUAAUUCGAUGAUUGUAGAGGUCGGAUUUUCCGUUGAUAAUUUAUUCGUUACAUCAUUCGAGGUCUGCCAUAAUAUUGAGAAAGCCAUCGCUUACUAUGCCCACCAUAGUUUAUAUCCAUCCAGCGCAUACUUCCAAACUGCAGUCACUCGACCUAGCUUCAUCAAAGGCGGUUUCUACAAAGGAGUGGAUGUAGAUGGCAUGUAUACCCAAGCAAAACAACAAACCACUUUUGCUGAUAUUCUCGGACCAACCUCUCAGCAAUAUUUCGACAUUCCUGCCAACCUGUACUUGUCUCGUGGACAUUUGGCAGCUAAAGCUGAAUUCAUCCUUGCUCCGUCGCAAAUCGCAACGUUCUUUUAUGUAAACGUGGCACCUGCUUGGCAAUCAUUCAACGCUGGUAACUGGGGACGAAUUGAAGAUGGUGUCAGGAAAUUCGCUAAUGACCGUAAACUGAACUUGGAAGUUUAUACCGGCGCCUGGGGUGUUUCAAUGUUACCUAAUUCCGAUGGUCAAUUGAAGGAAUUGUAUCUUGGCUUCACCAGUGAUAACAAGGGUCUAGUUCCAGUGCCAAGGCUUUUCUAUAAGGUCCUCAUUGACAGAGCUACUAAUAUGGGUAUUGUUCUGAUUGGUGUCAAUAAUCCCUUCCUGACUUUGGAAGAUAUCGAAUCAAAUGAAAUUAUCUGCAAUGAUGUCAGCGAGAAUAUUGACUGGAUCAAUUGGGAUAAGACCAAUAUAAAUCGCGGAUAUUCCUAUGCUUGUGAUGUUAACGAUUUCGUCAAAGUAGUCGAGGAUUUGCCUGAUAUUACUGUUAGUGGCCUAUUAUACUAAAUUUGUAUCGAAAUUGUUUAAGGCUCCUGUUCCUUAUUAAUAAACUUGAAAGGCAUUCAA